GACCCCAACUACUACUUUCAUAGUUUCAUUUGUAUUUGUUUCCUUAAACCACCUGCUUGGCUGCUUCACGAGCUUUGGAGCAGACCAGAGAGAGAGAGUGGAUUUCUGAACAAUCAGAUCGAUGGAGGCUACCCGGGUUUCCUCUAUGAUUUCCUUAUGCUCGUAUAUGAAAAGUAGGUCUCCUUCGCUACCCUCUUUGAAUUUACUAUCCUCUUCGUCGUCUCUCUACGACACCAAAUCAAGAAAUUUAGUACACUCAAAGACAAAAUUUCCCGGCAGUUCGAUUUGUAACAGAAGACGAGAUCUCUGCAUGGUUUCUGGUUCAAAAACAGAUGGAUUUCAGGGUUCGACUCUUCAGGGUGCUGAAUCUUUCUUUAGGAGCGUGCUGGCAAGUAUGGAAAGGGUGUAUUUAAGUAGGAAUCCCACUGCAAAUGCCAUUUUGGAGCUUGUUCGCUCAUUUGGUGAUGAUCAGAUCUGUUAUGAUCAUCUAGCGUUUCGAACUUUUGGGGUUCAUGACUAUGGAAUUGAUUCAAUGGCAAGAUUUUUCCUUGAUUUUGGUUAUACACAACGCGAAGAAUUGAGAUUUCCUGCAAAAAAACUGAAAGCAUUGUGGUUUGCCCCUCCCACUACCUCAUCUUCUGAUAGCGGGACUGGUGUUAAUGGGCCUUUACCAAGAAUUUUCAUAUCAGAACUUCUUGUAGAUGAGAUGAGUCUGCAAGCUCAGGAAAUAAUAAAAAGAUAUACCAAAACAUCUGGUAAUGGAAAUAAGUAUGCAGCUCUUGCAAGUGCUUUAGGAUCAUUAACAUGGGAAAAACCCUUAUAUUCUGACUUCCAACAAUUAGCCAGGGAAAGUGAAUAUGCUGCAUGGACUCUUGUUAAUGGAUAUGCAGUGAACCAUGUCACUAUUUCUACUCAUCGUCUGAGAUCUCACCUGAGGAAUAUAAAAAGCCUCAAUCAAUUCAUUGAAGAGAAUGGAUUCAAAUUGAACUCUGAAGGAGGAGUUCUUAAAGUCAGCCCUGAUGGACUUCUGUUGCAAAGCUCAACAGUUGCAGAUUCAAUAUCUUUCAAUUUCUCUGAUGGUAUAACCGAAUCUGUUCCCUGUUCAUACAUUGAGUUUGCAGAACGCCUUGUGCUGCCUCGGUAUAAAAGCUUACCUGAAAAAGAGAUAAAGGAGUUCCACAGACGCGAUGGUUUUGAGGUUGGAAAUGCUGACAAGAUAUUCGAGAGCACAUCCAAGGAUCAACUAACCAGGAAAGCUUCCUGAGACGACCUGGGCCCAUGUCCACGUUGAUUAUAUAUAUCUACAUGGAAGCGUCGAUCUAGUGGGCCUUUAACCAUAAGUCGUCAUGUAUUACCAUUGUUGGUACUUAAAUAAAAUAAAAAGAGAUUCCGAUUUACGACCCUGAUCGCGAUUUAAAGGAAGUACUUGGGCGUCAUGUUUAUCUGUUUCCAUCACAACCAUGCUGCAGGCACUACCCUUGUCCAUUUAAUGAUCUCAAUUCACACUGCAGUCUGCACCUACUGGGUUUACAACGUCGCCUAAACUCUGAAUGCAGAGCUGGUAAGGCCUCAAAGAAUAAGGAUGACCUAGUCUAGAUGGGAAGCUACUCUUUUCUUUAUUUGGAAAUCCAAAAAAGCAUGUGUUUGCAGAUAGUGUGGACAUGAACCGAGCUUUUUUACGAGUUAUUUGAAUUCGACCUAUGAAAAGUUCGUUUUGGUUCAGCUUAAA